UCCCUUCCCUGGAAGCUUUUAAACGGUGGCUGGAUGGCCAUCUGUCUGGGGUCCUUUGUCCUUUCCCUGCCUGGGUAGCAGAGGGGUUGGACUAGAUAGCCCUUGGCGUCUCUUCCAGCCCUGUCAUUCUAGGAUUCCUUUCUUCCUUCCUUUCUUUCUCUCCCCCUUCCCUGUCCGCACUCCUCCUUCCUUUCUGCACACGGUUGCCAUGGCAACUCUCAGGCAGGGAUGGGAGGGUUUGCAGGCCUCAUCAUCACCAUCUCUUCCUCCUCCUCCUCCUUCUUCUCCAGGCUGCUCAGUGUCUCCAGCGGAUGGAAGAAGAGGAGGACCAGGACCAGGGGUGGAGCGCCGGUUGCAUCAGGAUACGUUGCAAAGAACCAUUAAGGAUCUUCUUCCAAUUUCUAGACCCAAUGGACAAAAAUAAAACAGCAUUCUCUUUCGUGCAAAUAAGUAAUAAUAGAGACAGUCAACUAUUAUUUGGGAAUCUAUAGAGGAAGAGUUCUUCCCUUCAUGUAAACUUGGGGAACCUUUUGCUUCUUCCAUUCACCCAAAACCGGACUCAUUUGUGCCAAUAGUAACAAUAGAGACCGUUACUAUUUGGGAAUCUAUAGGAAAACUGUUCCUUUAAUUCACGUAAACUUGAGGAACUUUUUGCUUCUUCCAUUCACUCAAAACCAGACUUAUUUGUGCCAAUAGUAACAAUAGAGACCGUUACUAUUUGGGAAUCUAUAGGAAAACUGUUCCUUCAAUUCAGGUAAACUUGGGGAACUUUUUGAUUCUUUAGUUCGCUCAAAACCAGAUAAACAUUUUGAUGAAGGAAAAGCAAGGUGACUUCUUCUGGACGGUCAAAGAAGCCAUGUCACUCUAGAAAGAUGGAAUUGUGGAUGAGUGAUUGAAGCUCAAGGAUCUGGAAAAAAAAGCUAUCUCAGAAAGGAUGUGGAUACGAGAUCCAAAGUGAUCAGAGCUCCGUGGAAGGAAACGGUGAGAACAUGAGAGAGCAGCGAGCAAAAGGAGACCUCACCAUCCACUGUGAUAAAGAUCCAACUUCGGGGAUCGAAGUCUCGACGUACAAGCCAGAACUUGCCAGCGAAAACAGGUUCUUCAAGGGGAAGUGUCCGUUUUGGUGGAAGAAGAACAGGGCCACCAAGUCCGCCCAGGAAGAGGUGGCUUCCAAGAGCCGUCUGUGCGUGGAGGCUGCCCACGAGAGCCCCAUCCCGGCCGUCCGGAAGCCAAGCCAACGAGAAGGUCUUCUGGGACGGGACCCAAGUGAAGGGUCUCCAGGAGCAAAACCAGCCUCCUCUUUACUCCGGAAACUCUUGUGCUUGAAGGACACGUCUUCUCGGCCCAAGAAACCAACCCAAGGCUCGGGAGCGUCUCCGAUCUACGGAGGAAAUAUACGAUGCGGGCCCGUCGCUGCUCUUAGCAGAACCGCGGACCCGCAAGGAGAGUCUCCUUUGAGGUGGAAACCCAGAAGCGAAACUCAACAUCCGGUGGAAGUUAUCUCCAACAACAUGGAGACGACGGAGGCGACGGAUAAGGCAGAGGCUUCGUGGAUAACCAAGCCGUGGAGGACGUUCAGGACGGCGAUUACGUCCCGAGUCCAAAGAUCCAAUCUGCCAAGGAUUGAGAAGGCGACAGAGGAUGGAGAGCCUCACAUCCCUGUCAAACCAGAAGCCUCUUCUGAUAGCAAAGUGGACACAGAAUUGAGUGACACGGAACCAAAGUCGUCAAAAGUAUUUCCAGAUUUGGAGAACAAAGGGAGCCAACGGGUCUCCUGGCACGGUUUGGAGAUCCACAGAACGGCCAACGAGGAUGCGCCAGAACCCGUCGUCGAGGAGAGGAAGAGCUUCUCUUUGGAAGAGAGCCUGUGGGAGGAGAACCCGGUCCUGAAGAACAUCUCAGAGUGGGAGAACCUCCAGAAGCAGGUCUACAACCUCCUUGGGGGGAACGGAGACGAGGUGCAAGACACGGCCCCGGAAGACGAAGACUUGGAAGGAGGAGGAUGCGGUUACUGGGUGGACGAAGAGGACGAGGACUUGGGCGACCUGGCUGAGAACCCGGGCGGACAGGGCAUGCUGAUGGCGACGCGCGACUUGGGCUGGUUGAGCAGCGAGUUAUUGGGAAACUCAACAUCUUGGAAGAAGAACGAGAAGACAGAGACAGGAAAAGAAGAGAGCGACGGAAAGGCCAUCACGGUGGAUGCCAAUGAAGAAGGCAAACAUCACAAGACCAUACAUGGCCAAGAUACCGACAUGACCCAUAUCGACACUCUCCUUCUCAACAUCGUGACGUCCCACCAUGACACAUCUAGAACCCACGUCUCAGAAAACGAAGAGACUUUGUCCCUAAAGAAAUGGGAACCCUUAACUUUUCCGGAGUUGUCCCCAACGUCCUUUCCAACCAGGGCUUUAGAGAAGGGUCUUCUUCUUCUUCCGAAAGCCUGUGACUCCGAAGAAGGAGUUGCGAGGAAGUUGUUGGCGUCCGACGAGGAGACAACCGGAUUUGCAACAUGGCACAACGACGCAGGGAUUGGAGACGCGCAAGACAAGCAACUGAUCUACCAGGCGGCUGCAGAGAUCGUGGGCGCCGCGAUCGACGCAGCCGCCGGACAACUGGCACAGAAGGAAGAGGAAGGGCGAGCUGAGUCGGAGCUCAACAAAACCAUCCCUUGAAACCUCGAUCUUCAGAGACGUGAUCCAAGGGAGAAGAGGGAUCUUUUUCACAGACUGCGACCCAGAUUUCCCUGUUUCUCCAUAUUUGCCUCCCAAGUGUCGUGCACCAAGAUCCCUUUUUAAAGGCUUACUCCAAUGUGGAGCAGGCCAUGAGCAAAAGGAUUUCUUGGGCUCUCUCUGUUGCAAACGGAAAGGUGUUCAUUUAGGGCAGGGGUCCCCGAACUAAGGCCCAUUGAAGCCAUUUAUCCGGCCCCCAUGGCACAAGGGCAGAAGGGGGUUGGGCUAAAUGACCAAAGGGGCCUCUUCUUCUCUUACAACCAUUAUUAUUAUUAUUAUUAUUAUUAUUAUUAUUAUUAUUAUUAUUAUUAUUAUUAUUAUUAUUAUUAAUAUUGAGGCUGGGUAGACAUCUGUCAGGGGCAAUACUAAUGGCUUUUGGUGCACAAAGGCAGAAGGGGAUUGGACUAAAUGGCCCAAGGGGUCUCUUCCAACCCUCUUUAUUAUUAUUAUUAUUAUUAUUAUUAUUAUUAUUAUUAUUAUUAUUAACAUUGAGGCUGGGAGGCCAUCUGUCAGGGGUGCUUUGCUUGUGCUUUCGGUGCACAAAGGCAGAAAGGGAUUGGAUUCAAUGGCCCAAAGGGCCUCUUCCAACCCUCUUUUUAAUUAUUGUUGUUGUUGUUUGUUGUUGUUGUUGUUAUUUAUUAUUAUUAUUAUUAUUAUUAUUAUUAUUAUUAUUAUUGCUUGGUGGCCAACUAUAGUCCAGCCCUCCAACAGUCCAAAGGAUCAUCAACUGGCUCCCUGUUUAAAAAGUUUGGGGACCCCUGAUUUAGGGGAAUGAUGAGCUUUUCUUGGGGGGUGGAGAAGGGAGUCCGUCAUAUUUGUGCACCAUUCCGACACGGCUGGUUUUCCUCCCUUUUUACAGCAUUAAUGGAACUCAGUGGAUGCUGUGCUUAAUAGCACCAUGUAACACUAUCAUUAGUAUUCCUGGGCUAUAAAUAUCAUUUCCUAAUUGGUUCUGUCAUAGAAACAUAGGAAAAGUUUAUUAAACUGCCAAAACUUUUGUCUUAUGUGGCACAUCCCACUAUAGCAUAUUUUGUGAUCAGGAAAAUAAGAUUUUGUCAGCAAACAGAUGGUCAGCUGCCUGUCCUCCCAUCCUUUUUGCCUUGUUUUUAUUUAUGUUGCACUUUGAAAUGGUCAUAUGACUGGUCGAACAAAUAAAUUAUUAUUAUUAUUGUAUGACACAGCAAACAAGAUAGAUAUGCUGGAUUUCAUAUCACAAAAUCACAAGUCAAACACUUCCCAAGUGUCUAGGACUGUGUGAUGUUAUUAUUUAUUUAUUUAUUUAUUUAUUUAUUUUAUUUACAGUAUUUAUAUUCCGCCCUUCUCACCCCGAAGGGGACUCAGGGCGGAUUACAAUGAACACAUAUAUGGCAAACAUUCAAUGCCAAUAGACAAACAACAUUCAGUUUUUAGACAGACACAGAGGCAUUUUUUAACAUCUUUCCAGCUUCACGAUUUCCGGCCACAGGGGGAGCUGUUGCUUCACCGUCCAUUGGUGCCUGUUCUUCCUCUUCUUUUCCUCGUGAGCAGUUUUAUGGUGUUGUAGAUUAGUUAAAUUAGCCUCCCGCAUAAAGCGUCCCUAAAUUUUCCCUACUUGACAGAUGCAACUGUCUUUCGGGGCUGCUAGGUCAACAGCAAGCCGGUGCUAUAUAUAUAUAUAUAUAUAUAUUUAUGGUCGGAGGCUUAACCCGACCCGGGCUUCGAACUCAUGACCUCUCGGUCAGUAGUGAUUUAUAGCAGCUGGUUACUAGCCAGCUGCGCCACAGCCCGGCCCCAUUAUUAUUAUUAUUAUUAUUAUUAUUAUUAUUACAGUAGAGUCUCACUUAUCCAACGUAAACGGGCUGGCAGAACGUUGGAUAAGCGAAUAUGUUGGAUAAUAAGGAGAGAUUAAGGAAAACCCUAUUAAACAUCAAAUUAGGUUAUGAUUUUACAAAUUAAGCACCAAAACAUCAUGCUAUGCAACAAAUUUGACAGAAAAAGUAGUUCAAUACACGGUAAUAUUAUGUUGUAAUUACUGUAUUUACGAAUUUAGCACCAAAGUAUCACGAUGUAUUGAAAACAUUGACUACAAAAAUGCCUUGGAUAAUCCAGAACAUUGGAUAAGCGAAUGUUGGAUAAGUGAGACUCUACUGUAUUAUAUUUUGUGAUCGUUUUCAAUGAAGAUCAAUGAAGUUUUUCAUCAAGUCUCAACUAUGCCUGCCAUAGAUGUGGGCGAAACGUCAGGAGAGAAUACUUCUGGAACAUGGCCAUACAGCCUGGAAAACAUACAACAACCCUGUAACUCAACAUAGUUUUUGCCACAAAAUUGCAGUUUCUGGAGUAGAAUUACUACUUUCAAAGCAAGGACUGCACUAGGUAAAGGUAUUCCCCUGACGUUAAGUCCAGUCGUGACCCACUCUGGGGGUUGGUGCUCAUCUCCAUUUCUAAGCCAAAGAGCCGGCGUUGUCCAUAGACACCUCCAAGGUCAUGUGGCCGGCAUGACUGCAUAGAGCACUGUUACCUUCCCGCCGGAGCGGUACCUAUUUAUCUACUCACAUUUGCAUGUUUUCGAACUGCUAGGUUGGCAGAAGCUGGGGCUAACAGUGGGUGCUCAUUCCGCUCCCGGGAUUUGAACCUGGCACCUUUUGGUCCGCAAGUUCAGCAGCACUAUUAAACAGGAAAUAACACUUUCAAACCAGGAACAGAAUUUUUUUUCAUAUUUUGUUCUAUAGUGCAGUGGCUAAAAGUCAGGUUUAAGGAGUAAGGACACCAAUGGCUUGUAGAAGUGAACAAAACAUACUUUUUUGAGACUCAGUUCCAAGAUAUGAAUAUUAGGAAGGUUCUGCUUUAGGUAAAUUAGAGGGAAGAAGGAAAUGAUCCCAAUAAUAAUAAUAAUAAUAAUAAUAAAAUAAUAAUAAUAAUAAUGAUAAUGAUGAUAUUUACAGUGUACCUGUGGUUUCAUUUAUCCCAGUGGUUCCCAACCUGUGGUCCCCAAGAACUAAAAUAUGUUCAGCGGCCACACCAUUACUACACCUUUGCAACGAGAGCUACUGGUCUCAUGAAACCCUCUCGUAGUGCCAAGGAGAUGGGUGUCGGGAGGGGAGCGGCUGGCAAAAACAAAAUUUUGGCAGUUUAACAAACUUUUUCCAUAUUUUUUUUAUGAUAAAACCAAUUAGGAAAUGACAUUUAUAACUCAGGAAUGAAAAUAGUGUUACAUAGUGUAACCAGCAAAUGCACAUCCAUGAGCGGUAUCAGGUAUGAUAAAAACAAACAUAUAAUUUUGCAUAUCUGUGUGUACAUAUACAUAGGUAAAGGAUAAAGGUUUUCCCCUGACGUUAAGUCCAGUCGUGUCCGACUCUGGAGGUUGGUGCUCAUCUCCUUUUCUAAGCCGAAGAGCCAGCGUUGUUUGUAGACGUCUCCAAGGUCAUGUGGCUGGCAUGACUGCAUGGAGCGCUGUUACCUUCCUGCCAGAGCGGUACCUAUUGAUCUACUCACAUUUGCAUGUUUUCAAACUGCUAGGUUGGCAGAAGCUGGAGCUAACAGCAGGAGCUCACUCCGCUCCCGGGAUUUGAACCUGGCACCUUUUGGUCCACAAGUUCAGCAGUUCAGCGCUUUAACGCACUGUGCCAGCAGGGGCCCCCAUAUAUUAAUACAAUCAUGCAAAAAUGACAGAGGAUGGGUUUGGCUGUAGACAUGCUGAUUUCCUUCCGAUGCGAGAGGUCCCGUUCAUCAAAGGCGCAGGUGGUGAAAUUGAUUCUUCCCCAAGGGCAGGGAGAGGUGAUUGCCCUGCCUGGGUAAGCUAUUGUGCUACAAUGUCCAGAUGAAGUCCAAGAGAUGGGUGAGGUUCCACUGUGGGCGCCUCUACUGUACAUACAUAUACACACAAACAUAUAUACAUAUAUAGUGUGUGUAUAGGGCAAGCUUAAUUGCCUUAAUGGAUCCAAAUCAAGCAAAGCAAAGCAAUCACAGUACAGUAGAGUCCCACUUAUCCAACAUAAACGGGCCGGCGGAUUGUUGGAUAAGCGAAUAUGUUGGAUAAUAAGGAGGCAUUAAGGAAAAGCCUAUUAAACAUCAAAUUACGUUAUGAUUUUACAAAUGAAGCACCAAAACAUGUUAUACAACAAAUUUGGCAGAAAAAGUAGUUCAAUACACAGUAAUGCUAUGUAAUUACUGUAUUUAUGAAUUUAGCACCAAAAUAUCACGAUAUAUUGAAAACAUUGACUACAAAAAUGUGUUGGAUAAUCCAGAACGUUGGAUAAGUGAGACUCUACUGUAUUUGAAAUAAAAUGUCUUCCUAUUCAAUGGCUGGCGAUUGAUCCCACCCUUGUGGCAGAAGCCGGCAUUGUAUAUUGAUUUCUUUGUAUUGUGUGAUUUUUGCUUUUAUCCAACGUGAUAAAAAAUUAUUUCAUGUGUACAUCCACAUUCACUCCCUUUCGGGCGAUAUACAUAUUGUAUUGCAAACAUAAUUACUUUUAGUAUUAUUAAGUUGGGACUCUCUAGAUCUUCAAAGAACUUGGUAUGUUUUUUAUUGUAUUUACUGGGGUUGAAAAUGAGCCGCUCUUUAGCACUGUGACCGAAUGAUUCUGUUCCUUCUCAAUCAGGCCUGGGCAAACUUGAGCCCUCCUUCCAGGUGUUUUGGACUUCAACUCCCAGAAUUCCUUGCAGCCUCAGGUACCUUCCUUUUCUCCAAAUAGGAACAAUCGUUGGCAAUAAAAAUGCUGCUCCAGAGACUAGGACACAAUGGAGCAAUGGAUUCAAGCAGCAGGAAAAGAGAUUCCACCAGAAUAUUGGGGGAAAGUUUCUUUUAGAAAGUUGAAGUCUGGCAGAAUCUCUUCUAUAGGUUUCUAAGCCAUGGCUUGAUGGUCAUCUGUUGGGAAGGCUUUGAUGGUGUCUUUCUGCAUGGCCGAAUGGGCUUCAGCUGGUUUCUUCCAAUUCUUGUGGAAUAUACAAUGCCAGAUAGACUGAUAGAGUCCCCUUCUUUGAGGGUUUGAAGGUUUUCAAGCUGAGGCCGGAUGGCCAUCUGUCGGGAGGGAUCGGAUGGUGCCUUUGUUCAGAAAGUGGACUAGAUGGCCUCUGAGGGUCCCUUCUAAUGCUCGGAUUGUAUGACUAGUGGGAAAAAAAAUAUUAUCCCCGGAUGCAUUUCGGAAGAUGCUUUCAAUCAACCUCUGGAAAAGUUUUUACCAACUUGUUCUCAAGGCUUACAAGGUUUGGCUGUUUACUUUCAACCAAUCUCCAGAAAAGUUUUUACCAACUUAUUCUCAAGGCUUACAAAGUUUGGCUGUUUACUUUCAACCCAUCUCUGGAAAAGUUUUUACCAACUUGUUCUCAAGGCUUACAAGGUUUGGCUGUUUACUUUCAACCAAUCUCUGGAAAAGUUUUUACCAACUUGUUCUCAAGGCUUACAAGGUUUGGCUGUUUACUUUCAACCCAUCUCUGGAAAAGUUUUUACCAACUUGUUCUCAAGGCUUACAAAGUUUGGCUGUUUACUUUCAACCAAUCUCCAGAAAAGUUUUUACCAACUUGUUCUCAAGGCUUACAAGGUUUGGCUGUUUACUUUCAACCAAUCUCCAGAAAAGUUUUUACCAACUUGUUCUCAAGGCUUACAAAGUUUGGCUGUUUACUUUCAACCCAUCUCUGGAAAAGUUUUUACCAACUUAUUCUCAAGGCUUACAAAGUUUGGCUGUUUACUUUCAACCAAUCUCUGGAAAAGUUUUUACCAACUUGUUCUCAAGGCUUACAAGGUUUGGCUGUUUACUUUCAACCCAUCUCUGGAAAAGUUUUUACCAACUUGUUCUCAAGGCUUACAAGGUUUGGCUGUUUACUUUCAACCCAUCUCUGGAAAAGUUUUUACCAACUUGUUCUCAAGGCUUACAAAGUUUGGCUGUUUACUUUCAACCAAUCUCCGGAAAAGUUUUUACCAACUUGUUCUCAAGGCUUACAAGGUUUGGCUGUUUACUUUCAACCAAUCUCCAGAAAAGUUUUUACCAACUUGUUCUCAAGGCUUACAAAGUUUGGCUGUUUACUUUCAACCCAUCUCUGGAAAAGUUUUUACCAACUUAUUCUCAAGGCUUACAAAGUUUGGCUGUUUACUUUCAACCAAUCUCUGGAAAAGUUUUUACCAACUUAUUCUCAAGGCUUACAAAGUUUGGCUGUUUACUUUCAACCAAUCUCUGGAAAAGUUUUUACCAACUUGUUGUCAAAGCUUACAAAGUUUGGCUGUUUACUUUCAACCAAUCUCUGGAAAAGUUUUUACCAACUUGUUCUCAAGGCUUACAAGGUUUGGCUGUUUACUUUCAACCAAUCUCUGGAAAAGUUUUUACCAACUUGUUGUCAAAGCUUACAAAGUUUGGCUGUUUACUUUCAUAUGGAUAUAUUUGUUUGCUUGGAAUAAAAAGUCUGUUCAAAUGGG